AUGGACUUUAUAGAAGAUUGUAUGGAGAGUAUAUUGUCCUGUUUCAAUAAACGAAAAGAUGAGGAUACGACUAUUAGAAGAAAUCCUAGACAACCAUUAUAUUACUUGGAUCCGCUAGAUUUGCUUGACGAAGGGAAACUUGAGAAGGAUUUUGAAAAAUUUGUGGAAGAAUGUGGGAUUAGCGAAGAAAGGCGUGCGGAUUUACGGUCAUAUUCCAAGGAGAAAAAGAUUAUUAUGCUCAAUACUCAAACGUUUCGUCCAGAAGAAGAUUUCGGUGAACUGAUCUCAGUGCUCAGAACCUACGAGAAAGAAACAGCCGAACUUGUCGCUCCGUCCAUCAAUACUCUACAGGAUAUCGUGAUCACGCUUAGAACACAGUGUUCCAGCUUCAUCGAGCAGUUUGUCGAAGCAGAAGGUGUGCGACUACUGUCAAAUCUUCUACAACGUUGUCAAAUUUGUCCCGGACGUGAAGCGCAAGCGCUUUGUCUUCUCGGCGCGUUUCGUGCUCUUCUGAAUUCGACGAGAGGUCGUACAGCAGUCCUACAGGAUCCGGAAGCUUUGUUAGCCAUCGCUCAAGCUAUCGAUAUUAACGACUGCAAGUGCAAGAUAGUUGCCAUAGAAAUCUUGUCAGGAUUGUGUUUUGUUCCGGAAGAAGGACAUCGACAAGUGCUUACCGCACUAACACAGCUUUCACCAAUUCUCGGCGAACGAACACGUUUCCAAACGCUUGUUAGCGAUUUGCAUAAGAGAUUCCAUACCGAACGUGAAACAGAUCGCGUCCGAAUCGCGAUUCUUGGACUAAUAAACGCAUUGCUCCGAACAGGGAAUGCUGAGUCAUCGUUGGAGUUUCGCGUACAUUUGCGCUGCGAAUUCCUGAUGCUCGGCAUGGCACAGGCGGCGGCGUUGAUUCGCGGUUCGGCAUCGAAUCGAUUGCAGGAUCACCUGGAUCUGUUCGAAAUGAUGCGCAAGGAGGACGAGAUUGUUUUGUCGGGCGGAAAUUCCGAAGAUUCUGGAGCAUCAUCGCCGGUAAAUUUCGAGAGUGCUAGCGGUAUUGCUGAAGCACUUCAUUCGAAAUUGAGAAGUUCACCGGCACAUCCACAUUUUAUGUCACUUCUUCAACAUUUGUUCAUGGUCCCAUCCGAUGAAAAACAUUUACCACUAUGGCGUCUUUUCGAUCUGAUUCUACAACAUUUGACGUUACACGCUACAGUGCAAGGUAUGACCGAUGUGGAGGAGGCGUUCACGUCUGCUAUCGAUAUGGAGGACAUCUUGACGAGGUUACAUACACAAUGCGAUUACGAGCGUUUGGAGAAUGAGAUGGAGCGAAUGAAGGAGGAGUUGGAUCAGGAACGUAUGAGAGCGAUGGAGUUGGACAAUCGUAUUGCUGAUUUAAACGAUGGACGAACUAGUGUGGCCAGCAGAAUCUCCAACAUCUCAUCAUCACCGUCGGAUCCCUGUCCUUCCGUAUCCCCCUUACCGCCUGUUUGUCCUCCAGCUGUAGCUCCACCUCCUCCACCGCCACCUUUUGGAAUCGGAACAGCAAAAGUUCAAGAGACGCAAAAACGUGUCCCAAAACCAUCAGGACCAUUGAAGACUUUUAACUGGUUAAAGCUUAACGAAGCUAAAGUUAAAGGAACGGCUUGGGAAUUUAUUGAGGAUGAGAAGAUGUACAAACAGCUCGAUUUGGAGGACAUAGCGACAACCUUCGCCUCUUGUUCACAAAAAGAUGAUGAACCAGAUUUCUACAGCACUAUUUCUAGACGAAGUAGAGAUGCGCAGAUCUCGGUGAUUGAUCCUAGACGAUAUCAAAAUUGUACGAUAAUGUUGUCGAAGUUGAAACUAAGUCAUCGUGAGAUACGAAAUGCUCUUUUGGCUAUGGAUGAUAAGGGGAAACUUCCUAAGGAUAUGAUUGAACAGAUGCUCAAAUUUGUGCCGAGUAAGGAUGAAAUUACGUUGCUGAGGAACACAGUCAGCCGUCAUAACUCCCCCUCUGUACUUGCGUUGGCUGAUCGAUAUCUCUACGAAAUGGCUCAAAUUCCACGAUUUGAACCACGUCUACGCUCAUUGUACAUUAUACGAACGUUCCAAGAACGCUAUGACAGUCUUAUGCCACAUAUUCACAGUGUCAUCAAAGCGUCAACCGCAUUGUCAUCGAGUAAAAAAUUCAAACAAUUGCUUGCACUUGUUCUUGCGAUCGGAAAUCAUCUCAACUACGGGAAACGAAAUGGGAAUGCAUUUGGAUUUGACCUUUCCUCGCUUAAUCGCCUCACCGAUGUGAAAUUCGCACAUCGUUCGGAUCGUACUUUACUACACUACAUCCUGCGUGUGGUCGAAAAUCGUCUACCUGAACUGGAAAAACUGAGGAGAGAACUGUCAGCAGUUUACGAUGCGGCCCGAUACAACCGCAACGAAGUACUGGCUGAGAUUCGAAGUUUGGAACAAUCGAUCACUGCCGUUCGUUCCGAGUUGGCCUUCAUUGAAGAGGCAGCCCGAGAUAGAGAAACAUCCGUGGAGGGAUCUGAGGACACAAAAAAGGAUUGUUUCCAGGCAGUAGCAAAACAGUUCAUAUCGUCCGCAUUUGCCCAAUUUCACGCUCUUGAAAAAUUGCACAGCGAAAUGAAAGCAAAGUUCUCAGCUGUCGCUGCACAAUUUUGCUUCGAUUCUGCAAAUCCAGAAGAGUUGUUCAGUUGCUUAGCGAAAUUUCUCACCGCAUUCUGUGACGCUCAACAGCAGUUGUGGACAGAAAGCGAACAAAAAGAGCAAGUGAAACGACAAACGCUUGCCAGGAGUUAUUUCGCUAAAAAGACCGCUCGUCGACGAGAAAGUGAUCGAGAUUUCGAUCAAUUGAUCAGCGCUCUUCAAUCAGGCGAUCUGUUCAAGGAUGACCUCAGUCGACUUCGAACCUCAUUCCGUGUGCCUAAGGACGCAAAGGUCAAAUGA